AACCCCAUAGUGCCAGGAAUGUGCUGACUGUUUUGUUUUGGCUGUCCACAUCCCAGGGAAGAAAAGGAAAAACGUGACGAGGGUGGUGUUUUCCCCAAGGAUUUACUGUAUUUUGUUAGAACAAAGUUCCGUUCCGUUUGAGCAUUCAACAGGUUGUGAGUGGAUUUAUUUGUUUGUUCCGGACUGUUUACUAGGCAGCUUUCAGGCCUUCGUAAAGUGGAUCAUGUCCUCCCGGCCACAAGUGUACUUGACCCGUAAGGAAUGUUUCAGUGCGUGCCACCGGUUGCAUAGUCCCUUUCUAAGCGAGGAAGCCAACCGACAGGUUUACGGCAAGUGUAACAAUCCCAACGGGCAUGGACACAACUACACCGUGGAGGUCACGGUACGUGGCCCAGUCGAUAGCAAGACGGGCAUGGUGAUGAACAUAACCGACCUGAAGGAGUACAUGGAGCAGGCCAUCAUGAAAAAGUUAGACCAUCUGAACCUGGACAAAGAUGUGCCAUACUUUAAGAACUUGGCCAGCACCACGGAAAAUGUGGCCAUCUUCAUCUGGGACAGUUUGAAGCUAAUCAUGGACAAGCCGGAGCUGCUGUACGAGAUUAAAAUAUACGAGACGGACAAAAACUCGGUCAUCUAUCGUGGGGAAAAGCAUACGGUUGGGCAUCACCAUCAUCACCACGAAGCGGUUAAACAGUCGCGCGUGACGCACUCGUCCGAAAACUCGUCGAAUCUCUCGUCCGACUCGGACGGUUAGACACACGUUGCUGCUGUUGUGUGACCAGUAUUGCGGACAAUCCUCGACGCCUAAUAGAUCUGAAAUACGCCUGUACAUCCCCAUGACCAAGAUUCCAUGUACCACACCGAGUACGCUUUUCGGGCUUUUUUUGACAAAAGAAAGUGAACCAGGUCGCCACAGUACUUUAGGAGCUAAUAAAAAUGUUUCCAUAGCGCAUUAAAACCUA